ACGGAACUUGUAUUUACUUUAGUCGGUCUGCAAAAUAGUGGCAAGACAGCUUUAAUUGAUGUAAUCGCUACUGGUCAAAUUAGUGAAAAUAUACCUACUGUAGGAUUUAACAUGCGCAAGGUCUCUAAGAGAAAUGUUAAUAUGCAAAUAUGGGAUAUGGCGGGACAACCACGUUUUCGUAAUAUGUGGGAACGUUAUUGUAAGAACGUAAAUGCAAUCGUAAGAUUCGUAAUUGAUUCCACCGAUUAUGAGAAAUUGGAAGCUGCACGAAUUGAAUUACUCAACCUUUUGGAAAGUCCACUACUCGCAAACAUUCCAGUUUUAGUCUUGGGUAAUAAAAAUGAUUUACCAGAAGCUAUGCCCGUCGAGAAGAUCAUUAAAGAAUUGAAUUUAAAAUCCAUCACAAAUCGUGAAGUUUGUUGCUAUUCUGUUUCGGCAAAAAAUCAAGUAAAUCUUGAUAUCACUUUGGACUGGUUGAUCAAGAAAGGCAAAA